GUCCAGAAGUACCAGAAAUGUUUUAAGCCGGUUACAGUUACGAGCGGCCGAACGCCUAUAUAUCUUGAAAUUAUUGUUUUUUUCAACGCCGAGAAAAUUCAGUAUCUCGGAAAAAAAAAAACGCUUUCCCAAGGAAUUGCCAAAAAAAUUCCUCAUGUCAUUAUUACGCACUUUUAAAGAAACACUAAAGCCCUGUAAAACCCCGUGUUUUUCAUCAUCAUAUUCGCAAUCUUCGUUAUCCCAAGAAGAGCCUGAACCAACAAUAGUAAACCAGCGGAAACCCCCCAAAUCCUCGCUUUCACGGCAGCUCCAACGCCUUGAACAAGAUUAUUUCCCUCCAAAACAAGAAUCGCUUUUCCAAAACCCUAAAUACACGCAAACCCAAGUCGAAAACAAUUGUGAUAAUCCAGAAGAAGAAGAAGAAGAGGAAGAGGAGGAAGAAGUAAAAGAAUUUGGGAGACCCGAAUUUGAUCGCGUUCAAUUUGAAGAUACGGGUCCUUAUGAGCCAUUGGUAUUAUCUUCUGAUGGAGAAUUUCCAGUUUUACAGGUGCCUGCAUCUAUUAACUGUCGGUUGCUUGCGCAUCAAAGAGAGGGAGUCAAGUUUUUAUACAUGUUAUACAAGAACAACCAUGGGGGCGUACUUGGUGAUGAUAUGGGACUAGGCAAGACAAUCCAGACAAUAGCAUUUCUUGCUGCAGUAUAUAGAAAAGACCAGGAAUAUGGUGACUCCAAAACAUUGAAAGAAAAACAGGUUGGACCGAAAGGCCCUGUAUUAAUAAUCUGUCCCAGUUCUGUCAUCCACAAUUGGGAGUGUGAAUUCUCUAGAUGGGCGACCUUUAUUGUUUCUGCUUACCAUGGUUCAAACCGUGAAUUAAUUCUUGAGAAGCUACAAGCCAAUGCAGUUGAGGUUCUGGUUACUAGUUUUGACACUUUUAGAAUUCACGGCAUUGUUUUGUCAGAGAUCAAAUGGGAGAUUGUGAUUGUUGAUGAAGCACACCGUCUAAAAAAUGAAAAAUCAAAACUCUAUACAGCAUGUUCAGAAAUUAAGACUUGCAGACGUAUUGGCCUUACAGGAACCAUCAUGCAGAACAGAAUUAUGGAACUCUUCAACCUCUUUGACUGGGCUGCUCCUGGAUCCUUGGGGACAAGGGAACAUUUUCGGGAGUUUUAUGAUGAACCUCUCAGACAUGGCCAGAGGUCAACUGCUCCCGAAAGAUUUGUUCGGGUUGCUGGUAAGCGUAAACAGCACCUCGUAGCAGUUCUUCGUAAAUAUAUGCUAAGAAGGACGAAAGAGGAGACUAUUGGACAUCUUAUGUUGGGAAAGGAAGAUAAUGUUGUGUUUUGCGCCAUGAGUGAAUUGCAGAAACGGGUGUAUGGGAGAAUGUUGCAGCUGCCAGACGUCCAAUGUCUUAUUAACAAGGACCUACGCUGUAGCUGUGGAAGCCCUCUUACCCAAGUGGAAUGUUGUAAGAGGAUUGUGCCUGAAGGAAUUAUGUGGCCUUACCUUCACAGGGAUAAUCCAGAAGGUUGUGACUCAUGCCCUUUCUGCCUUGUCCUUCCUUGCCUUGUCAAGCUGCAACAGAUAAGCAAUCACUUGGAGCUUAUUAAGCCUAAUCCUAGGGAUGAACCAGAUAAACAAAGGAAAGAUGCAGAAUUUGCCUCUGCUGUCUUUGGUCCAGAUAUUGAUAUGGUGGGAGGGAAUGCCCCAAGUGAGAGCUUUAUGGGUUUAAGUGACACUAGACAUUGUGGCAAGAUGAGAGCGUUGGAAAAGCUGAUGUCUUCUUGGGCUUUGAAGGGAGACAAAAUCCUUCUUUUUAGCUACUCUGUUAGGAUGCUCGAUAUAUUGGAAAAGUUUCUCAUACGAAAAGGUUAUUGCUUUUCAAGACUUGAUGGAUCUACUCCAACCAACAUGCGCCAGUCUCUUGUUGAUGAGUUUAACUUGAGUCCCAGCAAACAAGUGUUCCUUAUAUCAACCCGAGCUGGUGCACUUGGAUUGAAUCUUGUAAGUGCUAAUCGUGUGGUUAUAUUUGAUCCAAAUUGGAACCCGGCCCAAGAUUUGCAGGCACAGGACAGAUCAUUUCGUUUUGGGCAGAGGCGCCAUGUUGUGGUUUUCCGCCUUCUUGCAGCCGGUUCCCUUGAAGAACUUGUAUAUUCACGUCAGGUGUAUAAACAGCAGCUAUCAAACAUUGCUGUCUCUGGGAAAAUGGAAAAAAGAUACUUUGAAGGCGUGCAGGACUCUAAGGAAUUUCAAGGCGAGCUAUUUGGAAUCUGCAAUCUGUUUCGUGAUCUUUCAGAUAAACUUUUUACUAGUGAAAUUCUUGAAUUACACGAAAAUCAAGGGCAACAGCAUGCAGAACACCUUAGUGAUAAUAACAAGGAAUUGACCGAACUAGGUGCCCUUCCGAUUCCAUCAGAAGGAAGUGAAACAUUUUCUGCGGUGUCCAAGAAUUUGCAUCCCAGAGCUAUAGAGAGGGCUGAUACUGAUAAACCAGUCCUUGAAGACUUGGGUAUCUUAUAUGCCCAUCGUAAUGAAGACAUUGUCAACAGUAGACCUGGGAUUCAACAGAAAAUAAUAGUCGUUACUGAGGAUGAUAACCUGAGAAGAGAUGCAAAUGUUUCAUGGAAGAGGAAAUCAGAUGGGAAGGAAAAUGUUGUCUCAACCAGGGAAUGGAAAAAGAUCCAAUAUGGUCGCCUAGCAGAGUUCAAGGGCAUGGGAGUGCUUGAGUUCAGUAGGUGGGUACUCUCUGCUACUCCUUGGGAGAGGAAGAGUGUGCUUCUGGACUACAAAAGAAGAAAAAAGGAUACAUCUAAUGGUUGAACUGUGUGUCGGCAAGCCCACUCGCAAACUUGUAAAGAAAACAGAUUGCCCAAAAUCUUAAUUUCCUUUCCCCCUUAUUUCUAGUAUAGGUCUAACCAGAAUGUACAUAUGGGCAGUAGGGCUAAUUACACAACUGAAGUGGCUAAUACAAAUGUAAAUGUGUAUUAUAAUCAAUAAUUUUAUUUACUUUCCCUCUAAUUUUCACAUCACCGAGGCUCUUUUUACUUCUUUGUUCCCAAUACCAUUGUUUUACGAUGUAAGUACAGUAAAAACUAGCACCCACCAUGUCAAAGCGGUUUAGGCAACAGUGUUCAAGCAUUUGGAAAUUGUAUACGUACUCUUUUUCAAGAAGUUAAGAUUUGAAUCUCCUUUUUUCUCGAAUCAAAAUGAAGAAAAGGUAAUUAAAGAUCCUUGACCUUUGUAUAGUACGUUUUUUUUCUGAUCAAUUCAAGCAAGUUUAUGCAUAUAUGAAUUCAUGAAAAAUUACCUUACUUCAUCCUCCCAAAAGAUUUAAACCAAGCA